AUGGUGAAUGCAGCGGCCGUAAGCAAGGCGACGCCGGCGACGGCGACGGCGCUCCAGCGCCGGCCAAGCCGUCACCCGCAGUCUCGCUCCCUCCCCUGCCAGCAACCGCCUGGCAGUCGCCGCUCAGCGCGUUACGCCCCACUCGCCGCCGCCUCCUCCAGACUCGGCCCUCCGCCUCCUUCCGCUCUGGUUUUUGCCUUGCCCCGCUUCCCGCUCAUUCCCUCGCCGAGCCGGCCGCAACAGAAAUCUGUCAGGGCGGCCAACUUUCAUCAGUCUCAGGCCAGAGGCGGCGACGCGGCCGGAAUAUCGAGCGCGCGCGCCCCCGCGCCCCCGCGCCCCACGCCCCCGGCAGCCUGCCCCCAGCCCGCCCCCGACCUGCCCCCCGCCUGUCCCGCGUCGUCAGCGCCGCUGUCGCCCUCGCCGACUGCGAUUAAGGGCAGACCCCGGCGCUCUGUCCUGCGGCGUGCCCGCCUGUCUGCGAUGCUGGUCUCUCGGGAGGUGGCCCCCCUGUGCAACCCGCUCUGCAGCUGCAGAAGACAGGUGACAGUACUAAAAGCUGCGGUGACACCUGUGUCAGACAGUAUAUUAAAAGUUGUCGAGACUUGUGGUGUCCUCUAA